UUCCCGCUUCCGGGAGUCCUCGGUUCCGCGGAGCGGCCGGCGGCGGGCACGGUGGCGGCGGUGAGGGUUCAGCGGCGGGGGGGCUCGGCCCCGGCCCCGGCUCCGGCUCGCCCCACCGCGCCGCCGGUACGGCGCCAGCCGCAGCUCUGAGGGCAGCGGGGCCGCCGCCGCUGAGGGGAAAUCUGCAUUGGUAUAAUUCCCCUUGAAUUGGGAAAAUUUGAAAAUGUAUACUGAAGAACUCCAUCAGUAAUGUUGUAUUUUGAGUAUUUUUUCUAAGAAGCUAGUUUCAGAAGCUUUCCUUUACAAAUUACAUCAGAUAUGACUAUGUGAAUAGCCUAGGAUAGCCCAAAGGAAGGACAUGAUGUCAGAAUAACAUACAAAACGUUUGUGAGGGCAAGGCCAGAAAACCAUGCAGUCAUCAGGGCACAGAUUCCGUGAUGUUGAGCACCACCCGCUUCUUGCUGAAAAUGACAGCUACGAUUCCUCUUCCUCAGAGGCCGACAUGGCAGAGAGGGUUUGGUUCAUCCGAGAUGGCUGUGGUAUGGUCUGUGCUAUAAUGACAUGGCUUCUGGUUGUCUAUGCAGACUUCGUAGUGACUUUUGUGAUGUUGCUGCCUUCCAAAGACUUCUGGUACUCUGUGAUCAACGGUGUUCUCUUUAACUGCUUGGCAGUACUAGCUUUGUCAUCGCAUCUGAGAACUAUGCUAACUGAUCCAGGGGCUGUACCCAAAGGAAAUGCCACUAAAGAAUACAUGGAUAAUUUGCAACUGAAACCAGGAGAAGUGAUCUACAAAUGUCCAAAGUGCUGUAGUAUCAAACCUGAACGUGCACACCAUUGCAGUAUUUGCAAACGAUGUAUUCGAAAGAUGGAUCACCACUGCCCGUGGGUGAAUAAUUGCGUGGGGGAGAAAAAUCAGAGAUUUUUUGUUCUGUUUACGAUGUAUAUAGCCCUAAUUUCAGCUCAUGCGCUCAUACUGUGUGGGUUUCAGUUUUUCUCCUGUGUCCGAGGGCAGUGGACUGAAUGCAGUGACUUUUCCCCACCUGUAACUGUGAUCCUGAUGAUCUUCUUGUGCCUUGAGGGUUUUCUGUUUCUCACUUUCACUGCAGUCAUGUUUGGCACCCAAAUCCACUCAAUAUGCAAUGAUGAAACGGAGAUUGAAAGACUGAAGAGUGAAAAGCCAACAUGGGAGCGGAGACUACGUUGGGAAGGAAUGAAAUCUGUUUUUGGGGGUCAGCCUUCACUCCUGUGGAUUAAUCCUUUUGCAGGAUUUCGAAUCAGGCGACUUCUACUGAGAGCAAAGAAAGGAGGACCUGAGUUUUCUGUUUGAGUCUAAUUAUGCUGGAACUUGCAAGAAUACUAUAUAAUAUUUAUUUGGGGCCAGAGAAGGCUGUCUACAUAUAAUCUGUGACCAGGUGAAACUGAUAUCAGACAUUUGCUUGUAGCAAGCAGUUUUAUACGUUUAUCGUCACAGACAUCUCAUUAACUUUCAGAGACGCGAACUGGAUCUGUAAUGGUCUUAACAGCAAGGUAAGAGGAAAAGUACAUGGUCACACUAAAGAAGCCAAAUGUCAUGCUACUGUAAUUUAUUUUAUGAGAUUAAUUAUCCAUUUUUGUUAAACCCUUUUUAUUUGAUAAAAGUUUGGGGAAUUACCUGUGUGUUUUUAUAAAAAGUAUAUACUUAGGUGCAGUUGUCAAUCAUAAGGAGGAGCAUUAUGGUGAAAGUUGAUCUCAAAUGAGACCUAGCCUUCUAAAUCCAGUUUUCAGGGAAUAGUGGUUUAUUCAGUUUUAAUUUAUAUUUCAGCUUGUCCUAAUAAACAGAGCUGUACUCUUGUGUCCCACUUCAGACACACAUUCCUCAUAUGCAAGUGAUUCAAAGGACUGGUGCACACAACAGCAUAACACAUCAGAGGCACUGUUACACCCCUGCCAAAUGUCUUCCCAGGCUCACAAAAGCAUGUCUUGUGUUUGGCAGUAUUAAUCUCAUAUGGCAUUUAGGUAAGUUCUAAAUCUUCAGUAAACAACACUUUUGACUAACAGCUGUGGGCCAAAUUCUGCCCUCAGAUAUGCAUCUCCAAUUCUUAAUGCAUUGAUUCUAGAGGAACUUAAGUGUACAUGUUUGAGGAUUGUAUCUAGUCCUCUGCAGCGAUGAGUAGGACCAGUGACUGUAUCCUCCUGUGUGAGAUUAAAAUGUAUGUACUGCAGAUUGGAGUUAAUUAACUGAAAACAGUUGUCUUUGUAAGGUCUUGCUCUGCCCCUUUUUAUUGUACAGACUUUUCGUAGAAGGAAAGCUGUUAACUUAAUGAUCCCUUGAACAAAGACAUCAGAGGAAUGAGGGAGGUUGCCUCUUUCUCAAGUACAACAGAGCUUAAAUGUGGAAAGAUCUGUAAUAGAAGGAAUUAUUUUGAAUUUAACCAUUUUCCGACCAAAACUACUUUCAAGAAAUGAGAGCAAUAUAGAUCUAGAACUGCUUUAUGUGGGCCUGACAACAGUAGUGCUAAGAAAUGUUUAUAAAUCUGCAAGUAAUGAAAUACAAGCUGCAAGUAAUGAAAUUCAGCUAAAAGUGGGUUCUUUAAAAAUUAUAUUUAGACUAUUUUUUGUAUUAUUGUUAAUCUCUUCUAUAUAAAUUACUGACAAUAUAAAGGAUAAAGCAGGAGCCUUGAUACAUAGCUUGAAAUUGUGCCUAGAAAGUAAAUAGCUCCCUGUUCUGGGACUUGCCUUAAAAUUGUCCUGUUCUUGCUUUUGCUUUGCCAGUAGCACUGGUGAUCUGUCCCACUUCAAGCAGUUCAACGUGCUGAAGAAUCUUGCAUUAUAAAGUUUACAUACUACAGAUGCUAUACAUUCUUUUUUCAGUGACCUGCUUCUCCAUUUCUUUGUAAUUGUUUGUGGCAUCUUGAUUCCAGCUUCAUCAGGUUUUAUACCAUUGGGUGGGUGAAAUUGCUAAGGGAUCCGUUUAUUACCUGUGGCCCCACGAACCAAAACGUACAAUACUAUGUAAUAUGUUCACUUUGCUUGGGGGAGAUGGUGUGUAACACUGGACAGUUGCUAGGUGGACACAUCCAAUGAAAUUGCAGUCAAAUGAACAAAACUAUGUCUCAUGUAACUGAGGGAAAAGUUGAAAGUUCCACAAGAAUCUUUGCAUAUUCAGUUGCACAUCUUAAAGAUUGGGAAAAAAUGUGUCUGGCUUUGUCAUGAGGCUCUUAAUGUGUAUAUUGUUUAAUAAAAUAUCCUGAUGAAAAUCAGAAAAUAUCACUUCAAGCGGUUGAAUCCUGUGACUUAGCAAGUGUGUGCGUGUGUGAAAUCAGGUUUACUUGGCUUUUCAAACCCUUGUUACGUUGUAAUUUUUUUAAUGUAAAAAAAAAAAUAAAGUAAUGAAUUGAAGUCUUAGUUGAUUAA